GGCGAUCCUUUUAAAAACAAAAACAUUAACACCGCGUUUUCGUCAUAAAACCUUGAAAAAAGUAGUUUUUAGGAUCUAAAACAUGGCAAAAUUAGAUGAAAAUUACUUAGACAUAAUACGAAAUACCCUUUAUCACGCAGAAAACGUAACUAAUACAAAUGCAAUUGCACCGAUAAAAACCAACAAGCCUAAAAAGGAAUCCAAUAAGAGAUCAAAUAGUGUUUCAAAUAAAAAAAUUAAGAUAUCACCUAAGCAGAUAUCAAAUAAGUCGAGAAAAGUAUCAUUUAAAGAUAAUAGUGACAAGACUAUAAAUGUAAAUAAACCUAGGGCAGAUACCCCAUUUAAGAGUAGAUCAAUUAAUGAUUCAUUUAUAAUCACUACUAAGGCAGAAACAGUCAGCCCAAGUUUAAGCGGUGGGUUAGAACCAGAAACUCCUAAGACUAAACCUAAAAAACGUCGUUUAUCAUUAUCAAAUUCUCCAGAUAUCAAAAGAAAAAAAAAUCAAAACCCUCGGGUAAAACUCAAUUUUGAUGAAAGUCCUGAAAUUGGGAUUGAACUGAUAGAUGAUCUACUUUGUAGUAAGUCUGAUCACAAAAGCAAAAAAAAUUCAAAAAAUAAGAAAAAAAAUCAUAAAUCAAAUAGUGUAGGAAUUGCACAAGACCCCAUAAGAAGCCAAACUGAAUUAAAUGGGUUAAAAUGUGGUAGCAAAAUUGAAAUUCAAACAGAUGUAACAAAUUCCUCUCAGCUUAUUCCCAAUAAAAAACCACAAAAAGAUAAUAUUAGCUUGGAUGUUAAUAGUGAAGAAAGAACAAAUUCUUUACAAAAGGAUGAAGAUGACUGUGCAGCAGAUUUUUAUGAUAAUGACAAAGUUACAGUAAAAAACCUUAAGUUUUUAAGAUUUGCAAAUUUAUUCCAGCCUACCCUUUGUGACCAAUAUAGAGGAUUAAACUAUUUUAGUGUACCAAAAAAACAUUAUAAAAUGUCUAAAAGUGAUGAAGUUAAGUGGGAGUCUGAAUGGGUUGUAACAGAAGAACCUGCAACAUGCAACACAAAUAAUGCUGCUAGCACACCCAUUUCAAAUAAAAGACCAACUGAAAAUGAGGAAUAUAAUACUGAUAUGCUUUGCAAAUCUUUUGAAGAUUCAGUUAUAAUUUUAGAUGAUAAUAUGGUUGAAAAUGAUUUAGACAAUCCACUGCAAAGCAGUGAGUCCUCAUUGACAAGUUCCCCUGCAGUAGUUAUUAAUUUAAAAGAUUCUUCAAAAAUUGUUGUAUUAUCUGAUAUCAACCAAGUGGUUCAUUUCCAUGGAAUUUGCUAUCUAAAAGUAUUACAAGGAAAAGUUGAAAUUUUAGGAGCAUUCCUGGAUAAAAACUCGGCAGAACAAAAGGUAUUUUCUCCAAGAGGCACCUCACUGCUUUAUGUUACAAACUAUAACAAACUUUAUUCAGAGAGCCAAAUUAAGCUUAAAUCAUUUAUACCUUUAAAUCUUUUGGAUGUAAAUGACCACAAUUUGUCAUUCCCAGAACAUUCAGCUAUAUUGCACUGCAGAGAAUUAAAAGAACAUUAUAUAAACUUUAUUGAAAAUAGCAUUUCACAAGUGAUAUUCUCACAAGACAUUUGCACAGGACCAAGGGUCAAUUUUGAGUUGAAGGGUUCUUGGAAUAAAACAAGAUAUUCAGAACAAUGGGGAGAAGCUUUAGAAAAUCUUCCAGAUAUGUUUAAAUUGGCUCUGUGUGGAGGAAAAGGUGUUGGUAAAAGUACAUUUUUAAGAUAUUGUAUUAAUUUCCUAUUGGGAAGAUUUAAGAAGAUUAGGGUUAUUGAUCUAGAUCCAGGACAAUCAGAAUUUCAUCCCUCUGGAUUUAUUUCUGCUGUGACAGUUGAUAGUUUUACAUUAGGGCCUAAUUAUACACAUUUGCAAAAUACUGACAGACUAAUAUUAUCGCAUAUUAACAUAGGUCACAAUAUCAAACAGUAUCUAACAUCAGUUAAGUUUCUUCUGGAUGAGACCUCUUUAAUGGAAAAUUUACCUACAAUAAUUAAUUUCCAUGGAUUUAAUUUGGGAAUUGGUUUAGAUAUAUCAGCAAACCAACUGGUGAUGAUAAAACCUUCACAUCUUUUUGAGUUUAAAAGCAAAAUUGCAAAGAAAAACUACAAAUUUGACUUGACUCCUGAAUUAGUCACCAGUUUUGUAAGAACUAGUGUUCUAAGGUGUGAUAUAGAUACUGGUGAUGAGCUUAAUUAUACUUAUGUUAAGUUAACAAGUGUGGCUGAAAGAAGUGAGGCAUGGUCCCUUGAAGCAAGACAAUCAAGGGAACUUUUGCUUUUAUCAUAUUUUGGUAAAAUGAUGUCAGAUGAAGUGAAGGAUUUAACAAGUCCCGGAGUCAAUAUGUAUAGUAUUAACACAUCAGCAUUAAAGAUCACAAAUUAUGAGGGCAGGAUCAUCUCUCCCUUAGCAAUAAAUAAUAAUUUAGUUGCAUUAUGCUCUAUGCCUAAAACCAAUAAAAUAUUUGUAUCGUAUGGUUAUGGAUUGGUUCGAGGUCUAGAUUUGGAAAGUGAUACUUUAGUCCUCAUAACUCCAGUUGACAUUGAAACAUUACAGAAUGUUACUCACUUAGUGUUGGGUUCAGUAACAAUACCUCCAGCUUUUAUUAUGUCAACGGGAGGAGCAAAGGGGCAUGUUCCAUACGUUAGUGUCGGAGAUUUAGUGGAUUUUGGGCAAUUAACUAAGAGGUCUUACAUACCAGCUAAAAAAUUAUGAUUUUUCAAUAAACAUUUGAAUGCUGCUAUUAAAUAUUUUCAUUGAAAUUUUCAUUUUAUUUCUUUAUUGCAGAAUGCAUUCUCUAUUUGGAUAAUUAUUCUUUUCUUAGGAUAUUUAAGAACAAAACCAUUCUAUAAACGUACAAUAUUUUUUCUGUUUGUAAUAUACUUGUAUUAAAUUGUA